UUAAUAAUAUUUUCUGUAAAAUGUUCAAGAAGAUGAGUGAGCAGGAAGAGUUUGAGCUCGGCCUGAAAUGCAUAAGUUGCCAUGGGACUCAAUAUUUCAACAAGAACUUCAAACUUCUGUACACCUCCUGUGGACAUACCCUGUGUCAGGUCUGUAAGGAAGAGAAGUUAGCCUCCAGAACAGUUAUUCAGUGCAAGGAAUGAGGGUCUAAUCUCAUGAAGAAAGAUUUCUCAGAGCAGAGCAGGACUGAGCAAGACUAUGAUAGUGACAUAAAAAUCAGAGCCCGUGUUUUAAAGGUGUUCAACAAACAGAGGGAUGACUUCAAAUCUGAUGCUGAGUUUGAUGCUUAUACGGAGCAAGUUGAGGACAUCAUCUUUAACCUUGUAGAAGGUAUUGACGUUCAAGAGACAGAAGCGAAGAUUAAUGACUAUAAGCGGAUUAAUAAGAGGAAUAUUUCUAUUAAUUCUACAAAGAAAGAAGAGGAGCGCAAACAAAAAUUUGUGAAAGUUAAGGAAAAUGAUAUUACUUUGAGAGAAGAGAAUCGGAUGUUUUAUGAGAGUGAGGAAGAACCGGAGGAGGAGAAAAAGCAAACUGAGAAGUCAAAGUUUGAGCUUAUGGCAGAGCAAGCCAAACUUGAGAGUGAGCAACAAGAAUUCAAUUCCAGGUUGUUCUUUCAUAAAAUUGAUAGUUUGAAGCUACCUCAGGUUGCUCAGAAGCUUGAUCCGAGGAGAUACCUUUCUGAAAGUCAGAGGGAGAUGGCAAAGAAGGCAUCUGGGCAUAAUAACAAGUGGGUGCUUGAUAGAAGCAUCAGUGAAAUGGCUCAUUAAUAGGCAAAAUAGAGUAAUCCUUGG